AUGGACCAAGCGGGUGAGUACAACUUUUGCAACUCCAGUAGGAGGAGUCGCGCCUUCUGUGUCGAGCUCGUUCGCUCUGAUGUGCUUGCUGGGGUGACGUGGCCGAUGCGUGUGGCGCGUGUCUGUGUGGACAAGGCUGAGAGCGCCACCAUGGCGCAGGGGAGGCGAGGCCAUGCAGGUACUGCGCCCAGGGCUUCGCCCUUUGUCCCCCGCACCUCCGCCGAUGCUCAUGAGGAGGCGGCAGGAGAGGCAAGGCGGGCAGUGUUGGCAGAGCUGCAGCGAGCAGCAGGCGGGGCGACCAUGGCUGCAGCAGCCUGCGUCCCCUCGGUCCUUGCAGCACCCGCCGGCCCUUGUGCUGCCUUGGUUUGUGCAUCUCGCAAUGGCUCCUCUUGCUACUUCGUGCGCCACUUAACCUCCCUCUCUCUUCCACUUUCCUCUCCCUCCCCCACUCCUUCCUGCUCCACUCCUCCCUGCCCCUCUCCUCCCCGCCCCUCUCCUCCCCGCCCCUCUCCUCCCUGCCCCACUCCUCCCUGCCCCACUCUUCCCUGCUCCACUCCUCCCUGCUCCACUCCUCCCUGUCCCACUCCUCCCUUCCCCACUCCUCCCUGUCCCACUCUUCCCUGCCCCACUCUUCCCUGCCCCACUCCUCCCUGCCCCACUCUUCCCUGCCCCACUCCUCCCUGCCCCACUCUUCCCUGCCCCACUCCUCCCUGUCCCACUCUUCCCUGCCCCACUCCUCCCUGUCCCACUCCUCCCUGCCCCACUCCUCCCUGUCCCACUCCUCCCUGCCCCACUCCUCCCUGUCCCACUCUUCCCUGCCCCACUCCUCCCUGCCCCAAUCUUCCCUGCCCCACUCCUCCCUGUCCCAAUUUUCCCUGCCCCACUCCUCCCUGUCCCACUCCUCCCUGCCCCACUCCUCCCUGUCCCACUCUUCCCUGCCCCACUCCUCCCUGUCCCAAUCUUCCCUGCCCCACUCCUCCCUGUCCCACUCUUCCCUGCCCCACUCCUCCCUGUCCCACUCCUCCCUGCCCCACUCCUCCCUGCCCCACUCCUCCCUGUCCCACUCCUCCCUGCCCCUUUGCAGCGGUGGUAGUGGGCUUUGAGAACGCGGUGGGGAGGGAGGGCCGGCAGGCCAUGGUGUUUCGUCAUACGGGGGACGGUGCUGCUUUCUACAGCUGCCACCUCCACAAAUUGCAGGACACACUGUAUGUGCACGGCGUGCGGCGGUAUCACCGCAACUGCUACCAUACCGUACAUCAAUCAAUGGGUCAGUGGAUUCAUCUUUGGGAAUGGGGCAGCUGUGCUGGACUGCAGUGUGCUGCACGUGCGCCCCCCCCACCAAGUUGCCAACGUGCCGCUCACUGCGUCGGGGCGCUGGUUACUUUCACAUAA